UUGUUUAGACAAGGAAAAUUCACGAGACAGUUGAUGCAGAAUUGAUUCUUCACUGUAGACUAGUUCUUUUAUAAAAAAACGACAUCAGACAUUAACAUUUGGCAUUUAUAUCAACAAGUUUUUCAUUCCGCAUUUGACCGUCGUGUGAGCUGGACGUUACAAUGUUAAUUAUUAAAUUGUUACUCUUCAGUGCAUGUGUAUUACCAACAGUGAUCAGUUUUACAGUGCCUAAACCGAAAAUCGAAGCGAUAUAUCCUAAAGGAUUCAGAGUAUCCGCACCAAAUGACGGAUACUCGUUUUAUGGCUUUCGGAGUAAUGUGAACAAACAACUGGAUGGUUUAGAAAUGGGUCAAUAUUCGAAAGAUAUACCCUUCCCUGAAAACGAUCAAUGGGUGUAUCAGGAAAAUAAACCCAAAUUAAAGCUCGGGGAUACAAUCUAUUAUUGGACUUUUGUAUUAAAGAACGGACAGAGAAACAUUCAACAAGGUUCAUGGACUGUGACAGGAUUUGUUAACAACAAUGGCAUAUCUGUCGAUGAGGAUGGCAACCCAACUCGGGUAGAGUUCGUCACCGACUCACCGUCUAUUGUUUUUGAUUCCAAAUUCGGUACACCUGCAACUUUAAAACCAGAAGUGACUGUCACCUCGUCGUGUCAAGAAUCACAAAGCGCUGUUCUCGGUAAAACAAAAAUAUGUAAAGGCGAUCUUCUUUUCGCUGAGGAAUUUGAUAAGAGUGAUAUUAAGGAAUUAACUAAUUGGGAUCCAGAGGUCAAGUUCCCACAAGAGCCGGAUUAUCCAUUCAACGUGUACAUGACGGAUUCUUUGGGACUUGAUAAAGGCAUCCUCUCCAUUUCCCCAUCCCUCUUGCAGUCCAAAUAUAACGAAGAUAUUAUAAAUGAACGCUUAGAUUUGGCCAACACUUGCACAGGUCGCAUGGGGACGAGGGAAUGCGCUCAGGUCGCAUCUGGCUUCCUUAUCCUGCCUCCCGUCAUCACAGGCAAACUAACAACCAAGAAUAAGUUUAACUUUAGGUUCGGCAGAAUUGAAAUCAGAGCCAAACUAACCGAAGGAAAUUGGUUGAUACCAGAGAUAACAUUGGAACCUCGUGACAGCGUGUACGGCGACCAACGCUACGAGUCAGGUCUGAUCAGAGUCGCCUUCGCCAAAGGGAAUACGCUCUUUGCUAAGAAGUUGUACGGUGGACCGGUGCUGUCAGAUUCGGAACCGUACCGAACCAUCCACAUGAAGGAGAAGACUGGAAUCUACAACUGGUACAAGGACUUCCACAACUACAGCAUGGUGUGGAAACCAGAUGGUUUAGAGUUGUUUGUAGACGGCGAUAUGUACGGUACUGUUGACCCCGGCGAGGGAUUCUUCUCGUCCGGUUUGAAACAUUCAGUGAAGCACGCAGCGCAAUGGUCACGCGGCACUGCAAUGGCACCUCUCGAUGAAAUGUUUUACGUGUCUCUUGGUCUUCGUGUUGGCGGUGUCAAUGAUUUCGCCGAUGAUUCCAUCAAACCCUGGAGGAACAGGAAUAGCAAAGCCUUGUUAAACUUCUGGAACGCAAAGGACAGCUGGUACCCGACCUGGUCUGAUGCUGCGGUGAAAGUAGACUAUGUCAGGGUGUACGCUUUGUAAUUGUGUUAGUGAAAUAAACAUUUGUUAUGUUAAUACAA